AUGCUGUCAAGAGUGCUCUCUGGUCAUUCAUUUUUACAUAUUGUUCGUAGAGCAAUCAUUCCCACAUGGGCUGGAAAUACACAGCGCGCUGUUUCUACUCUUCCUACAGUUCACAACGCACAAAGCAUUCAACUAUUGGGUCACAACGUCAAAGAGACUAAAGCUGCUGCCAGUAUUUCGGAUUAUGUUUCUCGCCUUCGUCCAUUCUCUGCACCACCAGCUCCUCAACCUAUCACCACACCCCUUACCGGCGUUGAAGAACAACUAGAGUUGACAAGUGUACUUAGAAAACGUCGUUUGAAGAUGAACAAGCACAAACAUAAAAAAUUAAGAAAGAGAACUCGUGCCUUGAGAAAGAGACUCGGUAAAUAA